AUGUCUCUAUAUUAUGAUGCAUCGACACUUCUGAGCUCUUCUUCAACUCAGGGCGGAUCGUUCAAAUCGCGCAUUUACAAUUCCAAAUCACUGAAAGCUUCCCCUGCGCAGAUAUAUGCCCUUGUCACAGAGGCUUCAAAAUGGGACAUACUACUCAGGGAGGUCAUUGAAAACGCCGGUGUGCUCCUAUUAGAGCCAAAGUUAACGCCCUUAUUAUGGUUAUUACUUGUUCAUGACCAUCUGCUCAGCAAAAAUGGAAUUGCCGCACCUGCAUCACAUCCCCUUCGUCAAGCGGUUGAAAGGCAUAAAGCUCGGUUGAAAGCGGAACUCACGAAAUCGCGGGUGCGCCGCGGUUGUGCCUCUAUCCAAGAUCUACAAGCUGCCGUUUUAUCAGAAAAGAAAGCACUGCUUGGUCCGGAAGGGAUAACGGAAAGUAUGUACCCUCGUUGGGUGCGUAUCAAUAACAUAAAGAGCACGCUCAAGGGGCAGAUGGAGGCUACCUUUUCAGACCACUGCAAAGUGGACGACCUAAGUGAACUGAAAAGUGCGAAGCAAAUUUAUGUCGAUCAUCACAUACCUGAUUUGGUAGCUCUCGCGGCAGGCAGCGUCGACUUCUCGUCAUCAAAGGCAUACAAGGAUGGAGAAAUCAUACUGCAGGACAAAGCAUCCUGUUUCCCUGCCUACCUACUUUUGGGCGAUGCAAAUGGGACAUGGGAGGGCGGAGAUCUAGUCGAUGGUUGCGCUGCUCCUGGAAAUAAAACUACGCAUCUAGCUUCUCUUCUCGCAGCACGACAAAACUUGUUGCGCUCCAAGAAGCAGCAUGGCAGGUCUAAGAUAAUUUCAAUGGAUGCAUCGGCUGUCCGUUCAAAAACCCUUCAAAAGAUGGUUUCUGUUGCUGGAGCAGAUAAGCUAGUCAAUGUCCUCGCAGGGCAGGAUUUUCUAGCUUUAGACCCAGAGGAUGAACGAUUUGAAGGUGUGACGGGCUUACUUCUUGAUCCAAGUUGUUCAGGCAGUGGCAUUAUCGGUCGUGAUGACGUGCCCAAGUUGGUUCUUCCGGGACAAGAUAAACAGCCUAAAUCCACGAACAGAGGCACCAAGCGCAAACGGCCUGCAGAGAACGAUGCUGCCAAGCCAAGUCAGAAGCAAAAUGAAGCCCAAAAUAAAGACAGCAUGGAUUCAGAACGCUUACUUAAGCUGUCUAAUCUUCAAACACAUAUCGUGGAACAUGCGCUCAAAUUCCCAGCCGCUUCUAAGGUUACGUAUAGUACCUGCUCAAUCCACAUGCUCGAGAAUGAAUGCGUAGUUGAAAGGGUCCUCGCGUCUGAGAUUGCGAGAAAGAGAGGCUGGAGAAUUAUGCGUCGCCAUGAACAACCAGAAGGUUUACAGAAGUGGAGACAUCGAGGGAUCAGUGUUGACCCCGGUAGCAAAUCAGCUGGUGGUGAACGGAAAAGUGGUAUAAGUGUGAAUUUGACAGAUGAACAGUUGGAUGCUUGUCUGCGGUGCUGGCCAGGUGAUGAAGAGUGUACCGGAGGCUUUUUUGUUGCUGGUUUUGUACGAGAUGAAGCUCUGGCAGAAGGGCCAUUGGACUUGGAAGGAAAAAGGGCUCUGGAUCAUGACAAGGGACGCGAUAAUGAAAGCGAGUCUGACUGGGAAGGAUUCUCAGACUAG